UUGGUUGUAAUACUCAAAUCACUUCUCUUGUACAGGCAGAGAAUAGAUACCCGCGAAAAAAUGGAGUUAUCUGCACUUUCUUCCUCCACCGCACACUACAUCUACAACUAUUCUUCUUCUCCGACCUUCACUUUCUCUCUCCUCGCCGGGGAAUCUCACCCUCGUUUUUCUCUCUCCUCCCAUAAUAAUCCUGAACAUCCUUCAACUUCUUCUUCUUCUUCUUCGUCAUCUCCUCAUUUUCCCGGCAAUAUUCGCCGCCCUAAAACCCUAAAAACCACCACCACAUCUAAACCCUCUUUCACUCCUCUUAAAACCCCUUCAAAUCCUCUUAAAAAUCUUCUUAUUUCCCAAAAUACCCCUUCUAAUCUCACCCCUAAACUCCGUCUUACCAGCAAAAUCUCUCCUCCUCCACCUCCUCCGCCACCAACGACGUCGUUUGGGGAUUUAGCUGAUACUGAUGAAGAAGAAGAGGAAGAAGAGGAAGAUGGAGAAGAGAGAGAUUCUGGGUUGGUUGAAUUUCGGCAAUUGGGUAAGAUUUUUGUGGGUAAUUUACCAUUGUGGAUAAAAAAACCAGAAGUUACCGAGUUUUUCCGGCAAUUUGGGCCGAUUGAGAAUGUGAUUUUGAUAAAAGGGCAUGAAGAUAUAGAGAGGAAUAUGGGGUUUGGGUUUGUUAUCUUUGGUGGGCCCGCCGCCGAGAAAUCGGCAUUGAAGGCUGUGGAGUUUGAUGGGGUGGAAUUCCAUGGAAGAGUUCUGACGGUUAAGUUGGAUGAUGGGAGGAGAUUGAAGAUGUUGGCUCAAGAGAGGGAGAGGUGGGUUCAGGGAGGGAGGGAAGAGCAUAGGUCUAAGUGGCAUGAGAGGAAUGGUUCUAGGAAGGAGUUUCGGAAGGUCGUGGAGUCGCAGCCGGAGAAUUGGCAGGCUGUUGUUCGUGCAUUCGAGAGGAUUAAGAAGCCUUCUAGGAAAGAGUUUGGUCAGAUGGUUAAAUUUUAUGCAAGACGUGGGGAUAUGCAUCGCGCACGUGAAACUUUUGAAAGCAUGCGAGCAAGAGGGAUCGAGCCAAAUUCACAUGUAUUUACAAGCUUGAUUCAUGCCUAUGCAGUUGGCAGAGACAUGGAAGAAGCACUGUCAUGUGUGAGGAAGAUGAAAGAAGAAGGAAUUGAAUUGAGCUUGGUCACUUACAGCAUCCUUGUUGGAGGCUUUGCUAGAAUUGGCAACGUUGAGGCUGCAGAUCAGUGGUUCAAAGAGGCAAAAGAGAAGCAUACAACACUUAAUGCAAUCGUGUAUGGCAAUAUAAUAUAUGCCUACUGCCAAACUUGUAACAUGGACCGUGCAGAAGCACUAGUUAGGGAGAUGGAAGAACAAGGUAUUGAUGCUCCAAUUGAUAUAUAUCAUACAAUGAUGGAUGGUUACACCAUGAUUGGUGAUGAGGAAAAAUGUUUAAUAGUCUACGAGAGAUUGAAGGAAUGUGGCUUUGUUCCUUCAGUUGUCACUUAUGGAUGUCUCAUAAAUGUUUACACCAAGGCGGGAAAAGUUUCAAAGGCCCUAGAAAUUAGCGAGAUGAUGAAAUCUGCUGGUAUCAGACAUAAUAUGAAGACUUAUUCUAUGUUGAUCAAUGGAUUUCUGAGGUUAAAAGAUUGGGCCAAUGCAUUCGCUAUCUUUGAGGAUGUUGUCAGAGAUGGUCUGAAACCUGAUGUAGUACUCUACAAUAAUAUAAUUAGAGCUUUUUCUGGAAUGGGUAACAUGGAUCGUGCCCUUCGCAUCAUUGAGCAAAUGAAGAAAGAACGGUAUAAACCCACCACAAGGACAUUCAUGCCUAUCAUCCAUGGUUUCGCAAGAGCUGGAGAAACGAGAAGAGCCCUUGAAAUUUUCGAUAUGAUGCGAAGGAAUGGUUGUAUACCAACUGUCCAUACAUUUAAUGCGUUAAUUCUGGGCCUUAUUGAGAAGCGCCAGAUGGAGAAAGCUGUUGAAAUACUAGAUGAGAUGGCAUUAGCAGGGGUGAGUGCGAAUGAACACACAUACACAACAAUUAUGCAAGGUUAUGCAGCUAAGGGUAAUACUGGAAAAGCCUUCGAAUAUUUUACUAAAGUGAAAGAGGAGGGACUUCAGCUUGAUGUAUAUACAUACGAGGCAUUGCUCAAGGCAUGUUGCAAAUCUGGGAGGAUGCAAAGUGCUCUGGCAGUCACAAGGGAGAUGAGUGCUCAGAAUAUCCCAAGGAAUACAUUUGUUUAUAACAUAUUAGUUGAUGGAUGGGCUCGAAGAGGCGAUGUUUGGGAGGCUGCUGACCUGUUGCAACAAAUGAGAGAAGAUGGUGUGCAACCUGAUAUACAUACUUAUACAUCCUUCAUUAAUGCAUGCUGCAAGGCUGGAGAUAUGAAUAAAGCAGCAAGAACAAUCCAAGAAAUGAAAGCAGUUGGAGUGAACCCUAAUGUUAGGACUUACACAACAUUAAUACAUGGUUGGGCACGUUCAUCUCUCCCAGAGAAGGCACUAAAAUGUUUUGAAGAGAUGAAAUUAGCUGGUUUGAAGCCGGAUAAAGCUGUGUAUCAUUGCCUAAUGACUUCAUUAUUGUCAAGAGCAACUGUAGCAGAAGAGUACAUAUGCUCAGGAAUUUUGAACAUUUCUAGGGAGAUGAUAGAAUCUAGCAUAACUGUUGAUAUGGGUACUGCAGUUCAUUGGUCUAGGUGCUUGCGUAAGAUUGAGAGGACAGGCGGGGAACUUACAGAAGCUUUGCAGAAGACCUUUCCACCUGAUUGGAGUGCAUCUAAUAAAGCUCCAGUAGCAUCGCAACCAGAUGCUAAUGACUCAGAAUCUGAUGCUGAUGAUGUUGAUACGUCCUAUGAUGGUUUCACAGAUAGUGAUGAUGAAGAAGUUGACAAAUGAACAUUGGUAUAACUCAAAAAAGGCUAGAAGGAGAACUUAUUCUCCAACGAACUGAGAAGAGGAAUUGAUGUGUGGCUCACAGCAAGUAGAUUUAUCAAACAGCCCGUUGGAUUUUCUUUGGAGAACGAUUCUCCAAAUAGCCCGAUUUAGAAAAGUUUCUCAAUGCAGCUCUCUAUGUUGAGAGCUCAAGCUUGGGGGACUUUUGAGGCUUCAUUUGCUCUGACUGACUAGAUAAUAGAUUCCUCUAAUUAAUGGGUCUUUAUUCUUUUAAGGGGAAUUAAUGGGUCCUCAUUUGUAGUUAUUAUUCCGUUUCUUUUGGAGAGAAGGGAGGGAACCUUAAGAUGUAUGUAUCUAUUGGGGCAUAAUCUGGUAAUCUGUUGAAAUAUUUUUGGAAUUACUCUGUAGAAAUUUGUAACUGUAACGUAAAAUCGUAGUUGGAUCAGCCUAAUUUCUGUGGUUGGUUUAAGAAUUAAGAUCUGUUAAUUUUUAGUUUAUGAUGAUUUUAGCUAAUCUCCUUUUGAUAGUCA